CGCCCUACCAGAACCAAGCGAUACUCCAUUUCUAGAGAACAAGUCCUAGCUAUUGAGGAGGAUAUGGAUGGACAUUGGAGCAGAGGCUCUAUGACAGCCGCAGAGCUGGUGGAGCACUACCAGCUGGGGUGUGUGCCUCAGACUCUGAUCAAUGCCUUUAAGAGAGAAGGCAUUGGCCAUUACUGGGCUGCAGAGUCCAAGUACUUGACACCAAAUAAUAUGAAGGAACGGAACACAUUUUGCCGGGUCUACAGAGACGAUAAGGGCUGGAAGCUUCCACAAUAUAAAAAAGUGCUCUACUCUAAUACAUGCCAUUUUGCAGUAAAUCAAAGGAAGAGGCAAAAAGUGUGGAGGAGA